UCCGCAGGUGUCAGGGGCCCUGCUACCCGCCAUGGGCCGCAGAAGGGCCGCGCGGAGGCCGGGGGCCGAAGGCAGCCGCGCUCGGCACCCAGUGGGCCGCUCCCUGGAGGCCUUCGCCGAGGAGGUGGGCGCCGCGCUGCGCGCGUCCGUGGAACCAGAGGCGGCCGAGGACGGGGGCCCCUCGGGCCUGGCGCGACUACCCUGCACGCUGGCCAUGUGGGAGCUGGGCCACUGUGACCCCCGGCGCUGUACCGGCCGAAAGCUGGCCCGCCUGGGUCUGGUGCGCUGCCUGCGCCUGGGCCACAGAUUCGGCGGCGUCGUGCUCAGCCCGGUGGGCUCCCAGUACGUGUCCCCCGCGGACAGACAGCUGGUGGCACAGAGUGGGGUCGCUGUGGUCGACUGCUCCUGGGCCCGCCUGGAUGAGACCCCGUUCGGGAAGAUGCGGGGGAGCCACGUGCGGCUGCUGCCCCACCUAGUCGCCGCCAACCCCGUGAACUACGGCCGGCCCUGCAAGCUGUCCUGUGUGGAGGCUUUUGCCGCCACCUUUUGCAUCCUGGGUUUCUCGGACCUUGCUGUCAUUUUGCUGCGGAAGUUCAAGUGGGGCAAGGGCUUCCUAGACCUGAACCGCCAGCUCCUGGACAAGUAUGCAGCCUGCGGCAGCGCGGAGGAGGUACUCCAGGCCGAGCAGGAGUUCCUGGCCCACGCCAAGGAGCGCCCGGAGGAGGAGGAAAUCGGUGAGGCCUGGCAUGGAUGCAAGCCCUCUGGUUGGGAGCCAGGACCAUCCGGGCAUGCCACACCUCCUUUUGAGAAGCCGAGGGAUCCUUUUGACGUGGAUUCUGGGCGUGAGUUUGCAAACCCCAACAGGCCAGAGGCCGGCAACCGGCUGCUUGCAGACAGCGGUGACAGCGACAGUGAGGACGAGUCUGAGGGGCACGGCCCUGAUGCCGAGGACGGAGGAGACCACGGCAGCAGCAGCUGCCCUGAGGAGGACAGUCCUCUUGAGCAAGGGGCAAAGGCCAAGGCCCCCGCAGAGAUUUGGGAAGGAAUCGAGAAACGGCAGAGAGACUAAAGACUGCACACGUUUAUUUUCAUGGCGGAGCAAUGAGGACUUGGAGACACAGCAGGACUUGUGGGGACACAAACAGGCCUAGCAGCCUCAGCCCUCAUAGCACUGAGCAGCACCAGACUCUGUCCCCAUGCAUGUGACAUGGCUGUGCUCUGGGGCUGUCCAGCCCUCCCACUGAAGCUGCGGGCCAAGGAGA